CUGCCCAUCUCCCUGGCCCCGGCAGUGAGGAUAGGGGGGCGGGGCCAUUUCACUUGUGGUUCCGCCCCCUUUGGCCCGGCGUCCCUACCGCGCCUGCGCGCUCCCGCCCGGUCUCCAUCUUGGAAUUGGGAGGAAGAGGGAGAGGGAGACCGGGACGAGACCGGGGCUGUGGUGCGGAGAGAGGCUGAGACUGAGAAGAGGAGAGGGAGAGAAGGCGCGGGGACCGUCCGUAGCUACAAUCUUUCAGCUACCCUCAGGAGAGAGAAGGGAAAAGGGAGGAGGCUGGGGCGGGAGUGAGGGCUGUCACCCUCGGACCCUGGUGUGAGAGGGGCCGUGCGGCCGGACGUCCUCGGGGUGGGCCCCCUGUCGGUGGCCGAAGAGCUGGGGCUCAGGCCCUUCGGUCGCGAAUUUCCGGGCUUGACCCCUCGCUUCUCAAAUAUCCGGGUAUCAGCCCCUCUGACCCACAUAUCCAGGACUCGGGUCCCAACCUCUUUAAACCUGGGGCUCUGUUUCAUAGGAUUUCAAAUCUGGGGUUCAGGCCCCUGCGUGCACCAGUAUCCGGGGUUCAUUCCCCGCGCGUUCAGAUACCAAAUUCAGCUUCUUCGUUCAAAUAUCUGGGGUUCAGACCCCACAACCAGAAAUCCGGGAUUCAGCAACUGUCGCCCUCGAGGAGGAGGAGGACUGGACCGCGAGGUCAGAUCAGGUUGUCACCCCCUCCCCUCCAGGGGAGGCUUCCCGGGCCCGCCCCUCAGGAAGGGCGAAAGCCGAGGAAGAGGUGGCAAGGGGAAAGGUCUCCUUGCCCCUCUCCCAGCUUGGCAGAGCCGCUGGAGGACCCCAGGAGCAGGCGGAAGCGCUGGGGCACCAUAG